AAUGUCUUAGAUCAGGUUUGAUAUCACAUAGGACACUACGUAUUCAAUGAAAGAUGGGGUUAAUAUUGAUGAAGUUAAUUUUAGUCACGGUGUGUGCUGUAAGUGUCAGCGGGAGGCGCUUGCCGACUGGCCGAAAGAACACCACGGAAACUGAUGAUCAUCAAAACAACCCGUUAUUAUGUUCUAUUUUGUUAGCGGAGUGUCACUACAGCGACCCGGCGGUGAGCAAGUGCAUCGAGCGCGUGGCGACGGCGGCGCGCAGCGUGCUAGCUCGCGGCGCGCCCGCGCUGGGCGUGCAGCCGCUCGAGCCGCUGCGCGUGCCCAGCAUCCGCCUGCGCCAGCACAACGUGCCCGCGCGCAGCUUCAAGUACGACGCCUGGCUCGCCGACGUCACGCUCCACGGACUCACAGACUACUCCUUCAACCGAUUAGAUGUUUACCCGGAAGAGCUGAAGGUCACCACGAACAUCAGCCUGCCGCUGCUGGCCAUGUUCAGCGAGUAUGUGAUACUGGGGGAAUUCCAAAUGCUACCCGUUGAAUCUACUGGGAAGAUGUCUGUAAAUUUCACUCAGUGUACGGCGUCGAUCGAGGCGGUGGGCGCGCGCGCGCACACGCGGCUGGUGGUGCGCGACGCCGCCGUGCGCCUGCGCUGCGCGGGCCCGCUGCGCGCGGACCUCAUGGACGCGCACUCCUCCACCGGCGAGAUGGAAAUGAUAACGGAGCACAUAGCGCGCAUGCACGCCGGCGACAUCGCCGGCGAGGUCCAGCCCGCGCUGGAGACGGCGCUGGCCAUGGUGCUGGAGGACGUGGCCAACAAGUUCCUCAAGCAUCUCCCUGCAGACUCCGUCUUCCCCAACUAGCACUAUUCAUGUACACUGGUAUUGCCUCAUUGACA